CGGCUAAGGCCCCGUGUUUACGCAAAUUUCCACCUGCAGGUUGGCCCUCUCAUUGGUUAAAACCACAGUCAGAUUCCCCUGCGAAAUUAUCUGAUUGAAAAUCAGGGCGGGGAGAAAAAGAGAGAGCAGCAAGUAUGAUGUUUUUUUUAGGGUUCUUUUUUUUACACUGCUUUGCUUUUCAGACUUUUAGGAAAAGGAUUUUGGCGACACGCUUUUUCCUCCGCGGAGCCGCUUCGCAACCCCGAGGAAAAUAUUAUCGUUGCAAUAACUGCACUUUUCAUUUCGACGGGAACCCGCUCGGUUAACGGAUCAAAAUGCCCCGGUCAUUCCUGGUGAAAAACAAAAGGUGCUCGUCUUAUAAUGUUCACCGAUCACAUGAAGAUGAGCCCGAGGCCCCAACGUGCAACGAAGAAACAUUGGAGGCCCAGAGCACGGACUCCGAAGACAGGCUUCGGUCUUGCCCCGAGGACCACUGCUCCUUUGCAAAGGAUGAGCCAGAGCUUGAACGGCCCUUACCUGCUCACCCGGAGCCAGCCAGACCCCCCGUGGCCCCCACACAGCCAUACUACCGAAAUGCCCCCCAAGAGUCUCACAUGGCUGGAUUCGCUCCUUACUUCAAGCCGUCGUACGGCUGGGAGCCCGUGCCGUCCUCCUACAAGCUGCGCCAGAUGAGUUUCAGCCCCACGGUGCUGCAGCACACCAGCAACCUGUUCGGCUCCCACAUCAGCCGCAGCCCACAGCCUCAGCAGCCUCUGGACUGCAGCACGCACUACUCCCCCGCCUUAGAGAACUACCACUGUAUCGCCUGCGAAAAGGUGUUCUCAACGCCCCACGGCCUGGAGGUUCACGUCCGCAGGUCGCACAGCGGGACCAGACCUUUUGGCUGCAGCAUCUGCAGGAAGACCUUCGGCCACGCCGUCAGUCUGGAGCAGCACAUGAACGUCCACUCUCAGGAGAAAAGCUUUGAGUGCAAGAUGUGUGGCAAAUCCUUCAAGCGCUCCUCCACCCUCUCCACGCACCUGCUCAUCCACUCGGAUACGAGGCCUUACCCCUGCCAGUACUGCGGCAAGAGGUUCCACCAGAAGUCUGACAUGAAGAAACACACCUACAUUCACACCGGUGAAAAGCCCCACAAAUGCCAAGUGUGUGGCAAAGCGUUCAGUCAGAGCUCCAACCUGAUCACCCACAGCAGGAAGCACACGGGCUUCAAACCGUUUGGAUGUGACAUUUGCUCCAAGGGCUUCCAGCGCAAGGUGGACCUCCGGCGGCACCACGAGAGCCAGCACGGCAUGAAGUGAAGCGGAACGAUCACGUGUACGAUAAUUUUCUACAUGAACAAAAAGCCCAUAUUGAAUUCUGAAUGAAGGCGAUUUUAAAAAAACAAAGAAGAAGAAAAAAGAAAAGAAAAAAAAGGUCACCUGUCUAAUGAAGAAAUUGCGUCGUUGAUAAAAAUGUACAAAUGUAUGAGAUAAUAUAUUGGAAGUGAUCUUCCAUGUGGGUGAACGUGCCGACGUCGUUGAGGUUUUUUAAUAUACGCUUUUUGCCUUUUGUGGACAAAAAAGGACAACGAGGAUAUUAUUGUUGGUUUCCUAUCAUUUAUUUAUAUGCUUGAUGCAGCGUAUGUUAUACCGGCUGGAGUCCGCGUGUGAGCUGUUAAAGGCGUUCAGUUGAAAUAAAGAGUGAGAAGCAGGGAAAUCUUUGGUUGUUCUUCUAGAAUAAAGACGUGCAAAGUGAAA